CAUAGACCGGAAAUACGUAAAGAAGUUUGAGUCAGCUCCCGCUCACCGGCGCAUGUUACCAUAGCGAUGGACGGAAGCAAACGGGACAAGAUAAUCACGCGUUUUCAGGCCUGCGCUCGCGGAUACCUCGCGAGAGCCGAGGUGCGGCGCGCGCGUGAGGACUUCGAGGAGAUCGUGAGGGAGAUAGAAGGAGGGCUGACCCGUUUACGGUGGACUGAAGGGACCCCGUCUACCCCCCGCUUUACAGACACCAGUGGACUAUGUCUUCGACCUGCCACCCGUUUACUGGAGCCACCAGACCCAGAACCAGAUGCCGGUGCUCCCCAGACUUCAGAACCCCCACCGGAGGAGAAACAGGAUCGGCGUGUCGAGCCGGAGAGGAAAGAAGCCCAAAGAGAGGAUCACUCCUGCCUACCUGUGAGGGCAGAUGGAGCGAAGCAGGGACUGACCGCUGAUGGAGGAGUGAUGGAGAGAACAGGGCGGUCCUCCACCAUCUGGAGCAGCGCUGAGCGGGACGAUGAUGUUUCCCCACAGAAAGGUCCUCAGAAGUACGGCCUGGCCCCGGGGGUUCCUCGUACCGCACAAGCCCUGCGUCUGCACAGAAACAGUCUGACCAUGGAGCUGGUCUGGCUCCAGCAAGCUAUCGACAGCAGGAAAAAGUAUCUGCUGCUGAAGGACCGACUGAGUGUAUCCUGACGGUAAACGUUAUACGAACAAUGUAGCACUUUAUCCCCUCUGAUGGCAUCUCUGUUGAAAAGUAUUUGUAAGUUGUAUUUAAGAAAACUAUGCGUGUGUUUUUAUAUUGUAAAAAGAAAUAAAUUAUAUUUUUC